AUGUCCGACCCCCAAAAGUACACCGUCGGGUGGAUUUGCGCAAUUGCGACCGAGUUCGCCGCUGCCCAACUUUUCUUCGACGAGGUUCACGAAGACCCAAUAUCGGUAUCGAAGCACGAUAACAAUGCGUACAAACUAGGUCGCAUAGGGGGACAUAAUGUUGUCGUUGCGGUCCUACCCGACGGAGAAUACGGAACGAACUCAGCUGCUGCAGUUGGACGAGAUAUGCUUCAUACCUUUGAGAAUGUGAGAAUUGGUCUGAUGGUUGGCAUCGGCGGCGGCGCACCCAGCAGCAGAAACGAUAUCAGGCUAGGCGACGUUGUGACCAUACAAAAUCAAGAAUUCGAUAUUCGGGGGCACCUUGACCAGCCUCCGUUCGCUAUCCGAACCGCAGUCAACGCUUUAAAGGGAGACCUUAUGCUUCAAUCCGACUUGCUAGAACGAGAAGUCGAGGCACGUCUGCACGCAAACAUCAAGGAGGCUUUUGGCCGUCCAGGACUUGGGCUAGACAACCUGUAUCACAGCCAUGUUGUCCACAUCGAUGGUCGAUCCCAUCCUGACGUGUCGCCAGAUGUUUUGGUUGCGAGAAAGCCUCGAACAAACCCGCAGCGACCCGCGAUCCAUUAUGGCCUAAUCGCAUCGGCGAACCAGCUUAUGAAGGAUGCUUUGGUUCGGGACAAGCUGGCCGAGGAUCAUGGCGUUCUCUGUUUUGAAAUGGAGGCUGCGGGGUUAAUGAACCACUUUCCGUGCAUUGUUGUCAGGGGAAUCUGCGACUACGCGGAUAGUCACAAGAACGACAUCUGGCAAGGAUACGCUGCUCUGGUGGCUGCAGGGUAUGCAAAGGCCUUGUUAAGUCGGGUUUCAAGAGUCAAUCUCGAGGGUCAAGGGAGGAUCUCGGAUGUACUCUCGGAGUAUUUCAAAACACAUACUGACUACGGUACCCUUGGAAAUCUGAAGACAUCAAGGGGGGCACAGUUCGAUACGUAUGACGACCAGAAUGAGCCGAGGUGUCUUGAAGAUACACGCGUGGACCUUCUUCAGCGUAUACACACCUGGGCUAGUGACGUCGACGAUCGACGAAUGUUCUGGCUCAGUGGACUCGCUGGAACGGGCAAAUCUACCAUUUCUCGGACUGUAGCCCAAAACCUCAAUGAUCUGAAGCUUCUUGGUGCGACCUUUUUCUUCAAAAGAGGCGAAAGCGACCGCAGUAACGGCUCGUUGUUCUUCAGCACUAUCGCUCGACAACUUGUCAACCAUCGUUCCCAGCUAAGGCCACAUCUCGUCCAAACAAUAAAGGAAAGCAGCGAUAUUUCCGACAAAAAUAUGCGAGAGCAGUUUGAUAAACUCAUCCUUGGCCCACUAGAAGCUGCCUUUAAGGAACACAGAGCUGUACGUUGUGCCAUCAUAGUCGACGCCCUCGACGAGUGCGAUAACAGAGGAGAUAUCAACCUUCUUAUCCCAAUGUUACAUGAGCUCACUGAAGCCACCUCCUGCAAAGUCAAAGUCUUCCUUACGAGUAGGCCAGAUACAGCCGUUCAUUUCGGACGCCGUCCUAUUUUGGGAUGGUACCGGGAAUUCAUCCUUCAUGAAGUAGAAGAGGAUGUAAUUGAACAUGAUAUCAGAGUUUUCCUCGAAUACGAGUUGACCAAGAUCAAAGAGAACUGGAAUGCAGAAAAUGACGAUCAACUUGCCGUGGAUUGGCCGGGGGACCAAAGGCUUCAAAUGCUCACCCAGAAAGCCACUCCACUAUUCAUCUUUGCGGCAACCGCUUGCCGUUUCAUCGAGGACUCGUUGCUCGGCAGCCCCGAAACCCAAUUGAGACAGAUGAUCAACCACAAGAGAGCCAACCGCGGCGCGACAGUCGACGAUAAGCUGGAGGAAACGUACCUCCCAGUCCUUGAAAGACUGCUGGUCAAGAGAAGCAGGUCAGAGCAGGCCAGUCUGCUUGAAAGGUUCAACGAGAUUGUCGGCACAAUCUUUUUGCUAGAGGAGCCGUUGACAAUCAAGGCCAUCGGAACAAUGCUUGCCGUCGAGCCCAAGGACAUUGCUUCCUUCAUUACGCCUUUGCGAUCAAUAAUUGACACACGUGGAAACAAGGAUCAACCUUUAAAAUUAUUCCACACGUCGUUCCGGGACUUUCUGCUCUGUCCAGGAGCAGGAGUCUUCCGAGUCGACUGGAGGGGCUGUCACAGAAGACUCGGGCUCGCCAGCUUAGAGCUUCUUCACACCAGAGAGCCCUUGCGGGAGAAUUGUUGUGGUAUAUCUCCGGGAACAGAACGAAAAGACAUUCCAGCACACCUUAUUGAUAAUCGCUUCCCGUCGCAUGUUCGAUAUGCAUGUAUUCAUUGGGUUGGACACCUCACUGAAGCUCAGUAUGAACUGCGAGCCAGCGAUCAUGUCCACGAAUUCCUCAAAACUCACCUUCUUCACUGGAUCGAGGCACUGACGAUUCUGGGAGAAGCGGCAAUUUCAACAGAGUUGGCCGAGGCAUUAUCAAACCUCCCCAAGACUUGUUACAAGACUUAA